AUAUACUGGUCAGUUGCCACUUCUUUGAUCUAAAGUUGCACUCCCCUGGUAGUUCUAAAUUUCUGGCAGUGGUGCAUCAGAGGAAAUAGGCUAGCGACGGUUAUAGUUCCCCGUUCUCGUCGCAGUCGCGAGCCGUGCGUGUGUGUCUCUCCUCUCUCUCUCUCUAUCCCCCCCCCCUCCUCUUGAGCUAUAUACGUUUUUCAAAGCCUCUGCAAUAUCGCACACGUCCGUCCCCGGGUCGUCGUCGUCGUCGCGUCGUGCAAUACUUGCAAUCCAGUUCCAGUGUAUACUUAGCUAAGUGCGAGAGAAGAAGACACAAUGGCGAAGAAGACGUACGACCUGCUGUUCAAGCUGCUGCUCAUCGGCGACAGCGGCGUCGGCAAGACAUGCAUCCUCUUCCGUUUUUCCGACGACGCCUUCUCCACCACCUUCAUAUCCACCAUAGGCAUAGACUUCAAAAUAAAAACUGUGGAAUUAAGAGGAAAGAAGAUCAAGCUUCAAAUAUGGGACACAGCUGGACAGGAAAGAUUCCACACUAUCACAACAUCCUACUACAGAGGUGCAAUGGGUAUAAUGCUAGUGUAUGAUAUAACAAAUGAAAAAACAUUUGAGAAUAUAGUUAAUUGGUUGAGGAAUAUUGAUGAGCAUGCAAACGAAAAUGUGGAAAAAAUGAUUUUGGGAAACAAAAGUGAUAUGGAAGAUAGGCGUGAAGUCAGUACUGAAAGAGGUGAAGCAAUAGCCAGAGAGCACGGCAUAAGAUUCAUGGAGACGUCGGCGAAGGCCAACAUCAACAUCGACCGUGCGUUCCGCGAACUUGCGGAGGCCAUUCUUGACAAGACCCACGGCAAAGAGCCGCAGGAUGCGCCUGACCGUGUAACCGUAGAUCGAAGAGUCGAGCGAACUUCCAGCCGAUGCUGUUGAAUCGUCCUUACAAUCGGCCGUUCUGAUCUGAUCUAUCCUCUUUUUUACAAGAGGAAGAAAAAAAUAAUCAGCACGUAUAAACGCCACACACGAACAGAAACACAAAAUGAAACACCAACACUCCUACGCUCGCACGCCAUUUUUCUUUUCGUUUAUCUUUUCUCUCCUAUAGCUGCUUUCUCCGGCUGUAUGCAAUAUUCGCAAACGAGAUCUUUCCCGGGAAAAUGGGCCAUUUCUGGCGAACAUUAAAUUAAAUAAGUUCAGUGGUUGUGAGGUGAUGCACGCAUUGACCGUGGAUAGUAGUUAAUUCAUUUUUUGUGUAAUAUUUUAUGCUUAGUAAUUCUAGAAAAUUAAUUAUUUUAUUUCUGAGCGGUGAUUCAUAUGUUUACGUAUAUGAUGAUAGAAUAUCGGUAUUACGUAAUCGUUUUUAGGUUCUAGUUUAUAUCGAUCGUUCCUGCACAGGACGUAUUUAAUUUUUGUUUUAGAAACCAAAAUCAUUGUCAUAGAUGAUUUACAAUAUAUGCUCCACUCCGAUUUUGUGAUUUUAAAAACUAUUAAAUAACUUAUGAAAAUGAUUUUACUUUCUAGUAAAAAAGAAAGAAAAACUAUGACACAUUGAGUCUACCAAGCAGAAGAUUAAUUCUUUGCAUUCUAUUAUAAAAAUCGAUCCACGAGCGUGUAUCGUACAUAAAGUUUUUUCCUGCAAAAUUAAAUUAUAAUCCUACGCGGUUGUUAGCUUUAGUAAACGCGUAAUCGCACGAUGUAAUUGCUUACUGUACAUUGUUGUAACUGAUCACUACGUGAACAAACGAAAAUAGAUCGAAAGAAUAUAUAUGUAGUACAUAUACUCUUUUCCACUGCUGAAGCGUCCGUGAGAUUGUCGCGUUAGAUAGCCUUCUUAUAUACAUAUAACGAAUAGUAACUGUUUUUUUCUCUUCUCCUCGUCUUACACCUUCACUACAAGAAAGUAGCGUUUUUAUAACGGGUGGUUACAUAGCAAAUGUGUAGUCGUGUUUUUCUACCUCUUGACAAGACUGUUGUCAUAAAGAAAACUUGAAUUCUAUUGUGAUUUCUGUGAUGCUUUACCUGCAAAAAUUACGAUCACUAAUUGUUUUAAUUUAUGAUUACAUUGCUGCAACUAUACUUAAUUUUAAUAUUCUCGGUUUUCAAGAAAGCACCUUUUCAGCGAAUUAAUUCGUUGUACAAAGUGAAUGUACAUUGCAAAAUAAUCAUCGAAAAGUGAUCAAAUAUUUCAUAAAGUAAUUUAUUUGAAAAAAAUUUGAUAUAUUUUUAACAAGUCCAGAAAAUUUUUCACAAGUAUCAUGUUACUGACAUGAUAAGAAACAUAACUUUACAAAUUUAAAGUAAAAACUUGUUCGUAUGAUGCAAUCACAAUUAACCAUCUUUUAUAAAUAAAUGAUAAAAUAAAUACAAGAGGGGCAAGACCUUUAUAAGCAUAUUACACAAACGUUUUAUUAGACGUAUAACUAUUAGGUAUAUAUAUUAUAAAAAAAAGAAAGUAUAAAAUAAGAUGGUGCAGUUUAAUAAUAAAUUAACUCGCAGAUGUUUCUUUUCUCAACAAAGGCGUUUUAUUACUGAAAAUUAACGGUAAACAGUCUUCAUCUAUACACCAACUUCUGCGCAAACCCGUUCGCUUAUAAAACGCGUCAAGGCGUAUCUGUAUAAUUUAUUUAUUUACUUAUUUAUUCGUAAAAUCUGUCUUUUAUAUAUAUUUUUUUACGCGAUACAGUACGCGACGCGAAGCAAUAAAAAUCGUUGGUGUGGACAGCGUCAAUUGUCGACAAAGGUGAAGCUCAAGCCUUUUUUACAUUAAUAUAAUUUGUAUUUUGUAUUAUUGACAAUUUGCAAUACCACAAUGCACUCGAUAAGGUGCGAUCCUUCGCUGGAAGGACGGAUCGAUUGAUGAAUAUUUUUUUAAAAAUUGAGCCUUCGCUCGCGCCUGUUUUUCAACGUGCAUAAUAAAGUGAAAUUUCAGAAA